UCGUUCGAGUAGUGAGUCGCGAUCAGUCAGCUUGUUUGUGUACUUCCAAACAGCCCAGCCAAUACCCAUCGUUAACUGUGGCCGCCCGGCUCGGCAGUGGUCAAUUGCUAUAAAUUGGCUUCGUCUAGUUUCAGUCCGAGCGAGGAAACCGAUCGAAGCGGUUCGAAAAAAUAUAAGAUCAAGAGACACGCGGCAUAACGUGAACCAUGCAGUCCCACAUCCUACACCUGACGGUGUUGGCCACCAUACUUGGAAUGGCGCUGACGGCCAAUGUGCCCAGCACACCAAGUAAAAAACUCAACAUUCCAGCCUUCAGCAAUGCCGGUAAAACGGCAGGAACUGAAAUCUGGCGAGUAGAAAAUUUCCAACCCGUUGCCGUACCGAAGGCCGAGCAUGGAAAGUUCUACUCCGGAGAUUCAUAUAUUGUUCUCCACACCAUGGAGGACAAAAAUAAGAAGAAAACCCACAACGCACAUUUCUGGCUGGGUUUGAAGACCACCCAGGACGAGGCCGGAUCCGCUGCCAUCUUGACCGUGCAGUUGGAUGACCUGCUGAGUGGAGCCCCCGUCCAGUAUCGCGAGGUUGAAGGAUCCGAGUCGGAUCUUUUCCUCAGCUACUUCAAGGGUACCAUUCGCUAUCUGGAAGGUGGCGUGGCGUCCGGGUUCAAACAUGUGGAAACCAAUGCCGCUCAACCGAAACGCCUGUUCCACGUCAAGGGAAACAAGAACGUCCGUCUGCGGCAGGUUGAGCUGGCCGUAUCCGCCAUGAACAGAGGAGACUGCUUCAUUCUGGACGCUGACCGGAAUGUUUACGUCUGGGUUGGACCGAAAGCCAACCGCGUGGAGAAGCUGAAGGCCACCAACGUCGCCAACGACAUUCGCGACCAUGACCACAAUGGACGUUCUAAGGUUCAUAUUAUUGAUUCAUUUUCUACGCUGACGGAUCAGGAAGACUUCUUCAAAGUGCUAGGAUCUGGUUCGCCAUCGACUGUGCCGGCCAAGGAGACGGCCAAGGAGGACAGCGUAUUCGAAAAAGCUGAUGCUGCCCGAGUUGAGCUCUAUAAGGUCACCGAUUCCAAGGCAGGAAAACUGGCAGUUGAACCAAUUACCCAGCGGCCACUGAAGCAGGACAUGUUGAAGCCCGACGAUGCUUUCAUUCUGGAUACUGGCUCCGGUUUGUACGUGUGGAUCGGAAAGACCGCUACCCAACAGGAAAAGACGCAGUCCCUAGUGAAGGCUCAGGAAUUCAUUAAGAACAAAAAAUACCCCGCAUGGACGGCCGUAGAACGAGUCCUACAAAAUACCGAGACGACACCUUUCAAGCAUUUCUUCCAGACCUGGCGUGAUGCUGGGGCAACGGGAACCCGACUUGUCUGAUGAUCAAAGAUGCAAAUCUUUCAGAAAAAAAAACGAAAAGCAUAAUUUAGAUGUUGACAAUAAACUAUGUUAACCAA